UGUUUACAUUGGAGUGCAUGAUAAUAAAAAGAAAAAAAAAAUUAUCAUGUCUAUAUUUGAUAUGAGUAUGAAUGUUCUUUGUGUAUUUGAAUGCGUAGGUGGAGUUAGAGGAGAAAGGACGCCAUACAUAUACCAUAUACAUAUAUAUAUGUAUAUAUAUAACAGUAUAGGGUACAGAGAAAUUUUUUUAUAACCUCCACCAUAUAAAAUUAUAGAGUAGUUGUACAGUAAUGUACCUAUAAUGACUUUUAAUAUUUUUCGCUGAAUUUAUAAUAGUAAUUAAUAGGAUUAAGUUAAUUAUUCAAUUCCUUAGAUGACGUACAUAAUUAUAGUUGUAUAAUUAUUGUAGAUUAAUAAAAGUAUCUAGUGUUUUAGAUAUAAAAAUGGACUUGGUAAUUCUGAAGGUAAAUGGUCAAGAUGUUACAAAUUCUAGUCAUGAAGAUACUUUAAAAAUUUUUAAAACAGCACAAGAACCAAUUACUAUAGAAGUGAUACGUAUGCAACCCAAUAAAUGUAAAAAUACUGGAGAUAGCAAUGAUUUAUCAAUAAAUACUGUAGUCAAUCAGCAGCAAGUGACACCAGGGACUAAAAAACCAUCAGCGACGACAAGUUGCACGACUGGUGUACAGACAGAUUUAUCAGGAUUUAUAAAUGUUGAUGAUGAUGAUUAUUUUUAUAAUUAUUUUGUUUAUGAGGACGACGUAGACGGAGUUAAUUAUGAGAUAGCGCAGGAGCAAGAUGACGAGGAGCUUGAUGUAGAUGAUAGAGAAGCUGUAGAAAUAAAUGAUUAUUUAUCAAAUUCAAAUAAUGAUGAUGAGUAUCAUCAAUUAGAAACUUUUAAGCCUGAAGAUGUAGAUGACGGUAGCGGUGGUGCUGGUGCUGAUGAUGUUUAUCUUGAAGAAAUAACACUGCGUAAAAGCAAGAGCACUGAAAAUUUAGGGUUGACGGUGUCAUACAAUUAUGACAUUACUGAUCGUAAUAAUCCAACUGACAUAACUGCUGUUGCAUAUAUAUCUGAAAUAGCUCGGGAUAGUUUGGCUGCACGAGAUGGUCGUUUACGUGAAGGGGAUCAGAUAUUGCGUAUAAAUGGCCGUGAUAUUGUAAAUAAAGAUCAAAUUGAUAAAAUUUUUUAUCAAACUCAGAAUAAUAUCGUUAAUAUUCUUAUUAGUCGGUGUGUUGGUCAAAAUUCACCACCACCAGCACCACCUUCUUCUUCUGUAUCCUCGUUUUUGAAUAAUAUUGAUGAGCCACCAGCAGUAGUAGCAGCAACAGUUACAGCAUCCGAAACAGAUGAACAUAGUCCAGCUUAUCAGAACAGUAUGAUUGAAUUGUUGAUGCGUCAACAAAAACAAUUUGAAAAUUCAAAAAAUAAUAAAAGUCUUCCAAAUGAAACAAAUGAUGAUAACAGUGAUAAUAAAAUAUUAAUUCCACCUCAAGUGCCAUUUCAUAAUAAUUUACCAUUAUCAACAUCAUCAUUGUCAUCAGCAACACCAAAAAAUAUAAAUAAAUCAUUUAAUAAAACCAGUCAGCACCAUAGUUUAACAAGUAAUUUUAAAGAAUCAUUAAAAAAAUUUGAAGAUUUAUCAAUAAAUAAAAAAUCAGUGACAGGUCUUGUAACGUCAACGUCAACAGUUGCAGCCUUAGCAGCAGCGGCAUGUCACAGUGACACUGAACAUAUUUAUGAAACAAUUCCAGAAAGUGAUAGUGAACCAAUUUAUUCAUCGCCAUAUGAGAGCCAGUAUCUCCCGCGUACAUUUGAAUUGAAUCAGCAGCAGCAUGCCAAUCAAUCAAAACUAUCAACCAAAAAUAGCAGUAGUUCUAUUGAAGAAAAAGACAGCUCGAGUGCUUACAACACCGGGGGUGAAUCUUGUAACAGUAAUCCACUAUUGCUAGAAUUAUACAGAAGCGAUCGUGAUGGUAAUGAUGAAGGGACAAUGGGACUUAGUUCUUUUGACAUUGGAUCUACACCAACAGGAGCAAUGACGUCAAUUAAAUCACCAGUUACUUUGAUGUCAACGGCAAUGAACUGUCGAGUUAAAUCAUCAGAAGUAACUCCUGUUACACGUUCAAAUUCGUCGUCUUCGUCGCUGUCAAUUGUCACGUCACCGAGACAACCGAUUCCUAAAAGUUUGUUGAGUCAGGAAGAUAAAAAAUUAUUAUCAGAGGCACAUUAUCAUCAACAGCAGCAGCAACAGUAUCAUCACAAUCACAACUAUCGUCACCAAUGUCAUCAUCAUCAUCAUUACCACAAUUACCAAAAUAAAAUACCAGCAAUUAAUCCAAACUGCCAAUUACCGCAAGACGAUAAUCGCGAAUUAGCAAUCACUAAUAAUCGUGAUGAUAUUUUGUAUACAAAUAUUGAUAAUAAUGAUAGUAGUAAGCGUACGACAAUGAUUUUACAACAGGAAAUUUUUACACAAGCACUUAAUCGUAAAAAUUUUAUAACUAAUCGUAGUAACACGUGUGAGAGCGAUAGAGAAAUAAGAAUUAAAAAUUCAAAAUCACAUGGUAAAUUUCAGGCACCAAAUUUGACUCAGUACCAUUUUAUUGGUAGUAGUCAGCAGAUGCAACGUAAUCCAGCAAAUGAUGACAAUGCUGGAGGUAAAUGUGACCCGCGUAUGGAAUGGAAAGUUAAACGCAGACCUGACGGCACUCGUUAUAUUGCAAGACGUUCUGUUAGAAAUCGUCUGCUGGGCAAUCGUACUCUUGAAAUAUUUGAAGAACGCGCUGGUCAGACCACUGAAGAUGACACUGUCUCCGAAAUAAAGCUUGGACGCUACUGGAAUAAAGACGAAAGAAAAAGACACAUUGAACAUGCUAGACAACGUAAGCUAAGACAUCAAGCUGCUAUGCCACCACCGGCACCACCAACUACCCUCGUAGCACAGCAGCAUUUUAAAUUGCGACGCGAUUUUAAUUGUGAACACCGCGCUGAUGAUUCCGCGGUGACGGCAGAAGCUACUUCGACCAAAGAAUUGUCUAAGAAAUUAAUCCAAGAUGCCAUAAUGACUCAUGUUAACAGAAUUGACGACAACCAUGACGACGAAGAUGGUAUGCUAGGUGGUGGUGGUGGUGGAACUGCCGGAGACGAUGAUGCGCUUACGAUAAAUGGAAAAUUGAAAGGCUUGCUAUCCGUAACUACAGUGUAAUGUAUAUAUUAGGGCUGUGCGAAUAGUUCCAACACGAAUUUAUUCGUAUCAAAUCGAACUUCCAAUAAUUCGAAACUUUUCGAUUAGUUCGUAGAGCUUUCAAUAAUUCGAAAAUCUCAAAAAAUUCCAAAACUUUCUUUUGAAUACGGUCGUAUUUAUACUAAAAAACAGGUGACUGAGACAAAAAAACAUUUGUUUUAUCCUUUUGAAAGACAUUAAAAUUGUUCUGUGCUACUUGGGCGCCAUUAAAUAAAAAUUGAAUAUUUGAAAGCUGAUCAGAAUUUUCUCGAAUAAGCUUCGAAUUAUUUGAAAAUUCGAUUCGAACAAGAUUCGCACACCCCUUAGUAUAUAUAUAUAUUUAGUAGUUAUUUUAUAUAAUAUUAUUGCUUAUGUUUUGUGUAUAUAAUUUAAAUCAUAUGAAAAGCAUGCGUUUAAUAUUUUUUUUUAAUCAAUUU